AUGGGAUUUCAGUGGAAAGAUGAGUGUGAGGCGAGCUUUCAAAAGCUCAAGGACUUAUUAACUUCAGCACCUGUUCUAGCGUUACCCGAGAAAGGUGUGGCCUUUAUAGUAUUAUGUGAUGCUUCAGGAGUUAGUUUAGGUGGUGUAUUGAUGAAAAAAAGCAAAGCUAAUGUGGUAGCGGAUGCCUUGAGUUGCAAAGCACAUAACAUGGGUAGUUUGGCCUUCCUUAAGGUGGAUGAGAGGCUUUUGUCUAGUUCUAGACUUGAAGUUUCUACAUCUCAUAGCAUUUUGGCCUCUGUAGAGGCUAGUUCUACUUUGAUGAAUCAUAUUCGUGCAUACCAAUUUGAUUAUGACAAGUUGAAGUCCAUUAGGGAUAAAGAGUUUAGAGGUGAAGCUAAAUCAACCUCUCUUGAUUCUAAGGGAGUUUUGAGGAUUAACAGUCACAUUUAUGUGCCAAAGUAUAUACAAGAUGAAUUUCAUGUAAUCUCUUAUAAUGCAGUAGAUUUUGGUCCGAAUUUGACUUAUGAGGAGGAAUGGGUAGCCAUUCCCUACGGCCAGGUUUAUAAGCUCAGAACCAAGGAGAUCACUUUAGAGAAAGUGCAAUGGAGUGGUUUCAUACUUAGUUUGUCUCAUGGGGAUGGUUGGCAUGGUUCCGAUGCGAUUGAGCAGGAUUUUGGUGAUUUGAGGCCUUGGUUGGGAAAUUUCAUUGAUAGGAUUAACUGGUCAACAUAUGGAGAUCCAAGCAUCGGAUGA